AUGAUCAGGUCUGCUCGAAGGAUAGAGCAGUUGACGAAACACAUUACCAGGACCACGCAGGCAAGAGCAUUCAUGGCGAACUCCGAGAACAAGAAGGACAUCCUCAACUGGGUUGAUCCUAAGGACAAGUCGGGAGAGUUCAAGCGACAGACUUCCGUCUUCAGGAAUUGGAUUUCGAAAGACCCUAAAGCAGAGUUCCCAGCCGAGAAGGAUCGUUACCAUCUUUAUGUCUCUUAUGCCUGUCCAUGGGCCCACCGAGCGUUGAUCGUUCGAAAGUUGAAAGGCCUCGAAGACUUCCUGCCCUUCACAUCGGUGCAUUGGGAGAUGCUAGACAAGGGCUGGCGCUUCGCCACAAAAGAUGAGAAUGAACCAGGCGCAAAUACCACCCCAGACCCACUCCAUCCAGAAUACACCCACCUCCGACAAAUCUACUUCGAUAUGGACAGCAACUACAGCGGCCGCUUCACAGUCCCAACCCUCUACGACAAGAAGCAGAACAAGAUCGUCAACAAUGAGUCCUCCGACAUAAUCCGUAUGUUCUACACAGUAUUUGACGACGUCCUUCCCGAGAAAUACCGAAAGGUAGAUCUUCUCCCAGCCGAUCUCAAGGACGAAAUCGAGGCUGCGAAUGAAUGGACUUACAACGACAUCAACAACGGUGUCUACAAGAGCGGCUUCGCGACCACGCAAGAAGCGUACGAGAAAGCUGUCACAACCUUGUUCAAAUCCCUCGACAAGGCGGAAGAGCAUCUCGCGACCUCGCCUGGACCGUACUACCACGGUGACCGCAUCACCGAGGCUGAUGUACGCCUCUACACGACAAUCAUCCGCUUCGAUGCAGUCUAUGUCCAGCACUUCAAGUGUAACAUCAGAGACAUUCGAAGUGGCUAUCCUGCUCUUCACAAAUGGGUUCGCGAGCUUUACUGGAAAGUGCCAGCUUUCGGCGAGACAACCGAGUUCAAGCAUAUUCGCAAUCACUACACCAAGAGCCACAAGCAGAUCAACCCGUUCUCGAUUACGCCGGUGGGCCCUGAGCCGUAUAUUUUGCCGUUAGAUGAUGAGGUUCCGGCAGCUAAGGCGGCGAAGAAGUGA